CAUGCGCAGUAGCGUUUUAUUUUUUUUCCCCCCCGUCGGGGUGUCUGCAGUGUUCGGGGUGUUUCUGAUGAACAGCGCCUCUUCGUGGACAAAAGAGGACCUCAAACUGUUCCAAAUUCUGCGUAUUUAUAACGGGCCAGACUGUGAGGCGGGUCGCGAUGCGUGUUUUCAGUCCACUUCGUGAGGCUUCCUCGGGCCUGGCUGUGGCGUUAGCCCCAGACGCUCCGUGAUGCUAACGGCUAACAGCGGUGUCACGCUAACCCCCGCAGCCGGAGCCAUGACGUCCCCCCCGGAGCCCCUCGGACUGCACGCCGCGGCCGGCCGGGAUGCGCUCGGCGGGGGGCUGCAGAAGCUGCUGGCGGUUCCGGGACACGGCCCGAACCGGGUGAACGACCUGCUGCUCCUGCGGCCUCACAGCGGGGAGAAGGAGGAGGGCAACCAGCAUGUGGUGUUCUUCCACGGGGACAUCCAGAACUUCCAGGAGGAGAUGUCGCUGCAGGCCGAAGGCUCCCGCUGGCUGUCCUGGAGCCUGGAGGAAGUGGCCCUCCUGCUGGGCCGCCGCUUCCCCCGCAGCCACGUGUGGGUGGUCCGGGCGUCCCGCAUGUACCUGCACAAGUUCAGCUGCUACCACAACUUCGUGGAGAGCAACGUGUUCGGGGCGCCGGAGCACAGCGGCUACUCGGAGCAGAGCGCUGCUGAUCCACGCCAUGCAGCGAGCCCACCUGCCCCGCCCCCCCGGCCCGCACGCCGUGCCGCCGGACUUCUCCCUGGUCCUGGUGGGCUUCAGCAAAGGCUGCGUGGUCCUGAACCAGAUGGCCUACGAGCUGGCCGGCGCCCGCUCCGACCCCCGCAUGGCGCCCUUCGCGGAGCGGAUCUCGGACAUGUUCUGGCUGGACGGGGGUCACCCGGGGGGCAGCGAGACCUGGGUGACGGACGCGCAGGUGCUGAAGGAGCUGGCGGCCAGCGGGGUGUCGGUCCACGCCCACGUCACCCCCUACGAGGUGUGCGACCCCAUGAGGGCCUGGGUGGGCCGCGAGUACGCCCACUUCAUCCAGAGCCUGGAGGAGCUGGGGGCGUGUCCCAGCAGGAAGCUGCACUUCCAGGACGAGCCCGCCUCCAUCCAGAACCACUUCAGGGUCCUGCAGGAGUUCUGAGCCGCCGCAUUCCUCCUCCUCCACCUCCUCCUCCUCGCAGACAUGUGAAUGUUUCAGACCUCAUCAGAGGGAGACGCUUCAUUCCCGAGGCGGACCGCCGCAGCAGAGCAGAAACCGACGAGACGCUGCGGGACUUUAAGUUUGUUUACUGCUGAAAGUCGACAUGAUGAAUGUGAGAAUUCAAACCUCGUCAGUUGAAGUCCGAUCCAUCAAGAUGAUUAUUUAAAGAGUUAAACUCUGAAACAUAUUGUACUUUUAAAGUAUCAUUUAGCUGGAGGUCAUAUAUUGAUGAACUUUGACCUCUAGCAGCUUGUGAUGAUGAACUAACAGGUAAAUCUAAACAGUGAAUCUAGAUUUUCACACAAGUAAAAAAAUACUCAAAUCUAAAAGACACGAUCUUAACUGUAUCUGAGUGCAGAAGUAACUAAAUUUAACUUUCCAAUCAUAUUUUUUGAGGUUCAUCGCUAAGAACUUAAAAAUCAUAAAACGCACUUUUUGUCCCACUAAAUUCCAGUUUGUCUCCGAAGCGCUGAAUUGCUGCUUGACCCAUCAGGUUUGUAGAAUGACUGACAGACGUUCAUCUGCAUUACUUAUAUCUGUAUAUGAGCCCGUCCCUGCUCACGUUGCCAUGGUAACCUGUUGUUUCGUUGACAUGUUUACUGUGUGAGCUUAAACUGCAUCUUUGCACUCUGCUGAAUGUAACUUCUGAGUCAUUCCUCCAUGCUUCCCGCUCGCUUUCUGAACCUCCACGUGCUGAAAUAAACGGCUGCUGUCC